GAACAGGAGCCCUUGAAAGAUCCAAAGGCCAUGCUGAUUGGCUGAAGCUCGUCCAAUCCCUAGGCUCCGCCAAGCAAAGCACAGUCCUACGCUGAUCCAUCUGGAGCUCUGGCUAGAGGCCUCUGCGGUGGUCACCGUCCCAGCACUGUGUCGCGUGCGGUCUCUUAGAGGGACAUUGUUCCUGGUUUCCCUCUGGCUUUAACUCAUCUACCUGAGAAUUACUCCUGACAUAUCCAAAGUCCAAGUCCAAGAGUUCAAGACCCAGAAAGAGGUCAAGAUGGGGUUCAUAUUCUCAAAAUCUAUGAAUGAAAACAUGAAAAACCAACAGGAGUUUAUGGCUAUGCAUGCCCGACUUCAGCUGGAAAGGCAGCUGACCAUGCAGAAUGAGAUGAGGGAAAGGCAAAUGGCUAUGCAGAUCGCCUGGUCUCGGGAAUUCCUCAAAUAUUUUGGCACAUUUUUUGGCAUUGCCACCAUCUCUUUAGCAGCUGGAGCAAUAAAGCAAAAGAAGCCAGCCUUUCUCGUUCCUAUAGUUCCACUCAGCUUUAUUUUCACCUAUCAGUAUGACCUGGGCUACGGAACACUUCUACAAAGAAUGAAAAGUGAAGCCGAAGACAUAUUAGAAACAGAAAAGACUAAGUUGGAGCUGCCAAAAGGAAUGAUCACUUUUGAAAGCCUGGAAAAAGUCCGAAGGGAGCAGAAUAAAUUCUUCGCAGACAAAUGAAGUCGUGUGUAUGCUCAAAGCACAUGGUUCAACUCAAAGCAUGGAAAGGCUGGCUUGAAUCACGGUGUUUACAGCUUUUUAAAUGAUCAAAAUUUUGAUACAAUGCAUUUUUUAUUUUAGAAUAUUAAAUUUCAAAAUGAAUUUGUUGAACUAUUUUAGAAUAAAAUUUCUACCACUCAACCAAAUCAUGGCACCAUUCUAAAUAGCAUUCAAAUUUCUUGUGUGUGUAUGUUUUACAUUUAUCAAAGUGCAAAAUUAAAUAAAUUGUAUUGUUCUGAAUUUGA